UUGUCUCUGUUUAAACCUGUUUCACUAUUGGUUCAGCUUAGUGUGAAGGGCGGGAUUUCCGGCUGACAGUGGCCGGCUCUCUCCGGGGGUUCCGUCUCCUGUAUCUACUUGCUGGGAACCAGGGUUGCUGACAAAGUGCACACUUUACUACAACAUAUUCUUGAUUAACCCGGGAUUGAGUUUGGAAUGUCCACCCCUUCUGUUGUCUUAUGGAGGAAUAACUAGAACAGAAGAAGAAGUUGCAACACUGAAGGACUUUUAAAGGGGGGAAAAAUAAAAAAAAUAAAAAAAGAAAGGAAAGAUGUCUUCGAACAGAAGUCAAAACCCCCAUGGACUUAAACAGAUUGGCUUGGACCAGAUCUGGGAUGACCUGCGGGCCGGGAUCCAACAAGUUUACACCAGACAGAGUAUGGCCAAGUCCAGAUACAUGGAACUCUACACUCAUGUUUAUAACUACUGCACCAGUGUACACCAGUCUAACCAAGCACGUGGGGCAGGAGUACCACCGUCCAAAUCUAAAAAGGGUCAGACUCCUGGAGGAGCCCAGUUUGUUGGCCUAGAACUGUACAAGAGAUUAAAAGAGUUCUUGAAGAAUUAUUUGACGAAUCUCCUCAAGGAUGGAGAAGAUUUGAUGGAUGAGAGCGUACUAAAAUUUUACACACAGCAAUGGGAAGACUACCGGUUUUCGAGCAAAGUGUUGAAUGGGAUCUGCGCAUACCUCAAUCGGCACUGGGUUCGGCGUGAAUGUGACGAGGGCCGCAAAGGAAUAUAUGAAAUCUACUCACUUGCGUUAGUGACCUGGAGGGAUUGUCUCUUCAGACCUUUAAAUAAGCAGGUUACAAACGCAGUCUUGAAGUUGAUUGAGAAGGAGAGAAAUGGGGAAACCAUUAACACCAGACUUAUUAGUGGUGUAGUACAGUCUUAUGUUGAGUUAGGCUUGAAUGAAGAUGACGCCUUUGCCAAAGGCCCAACGCUAACCGUAUACAAAGAAUCCUUUGAAUCACAGUUCUUGACUGACACUGAGAGGUUCUAUACAAGAGAGAGCACAGAGUUUUUACAGCAGAACCCAGUCACAGAGUACAUGAAAAAGGCAGAAGCAAGGCUUUUGGAGGAGCAGCGCAGAGUACAAGUAUAUUUACACGAGAGCACACAGGAUGAGCUGGCUCGGAAAUGUGAACAAGUGCUCAUUGAAAAACACCUAGAAAUUUUCCACACAGAGUUUCAAAAUUUACUAGAUGCGGACAAAAAUGAAGAUUUAGGGAGGAUGUACAAUCUUGUAUCUCGAAUCCAGGAUGGCCUAGGGGAGCUUAAAAAACUUUUGGAAACGCACAUCCACAAUCAGGGACUUGCUGCCAUAGAAAAAUGUGGAGAAGCUGCACAGAAUGAUCCCAAAAUGUAUGUACAGACUGUUUUGGAUGUUCACAAAAAAUACAAUGCACUAGUUAUGUCUGCGUUUAACAACGAUGCUGGGUUUGUGGCGGCACUAGAUAAGGCUUGUGGUCGAUUUAUAAACAACAAUGCUGUGACAAAAAUGGCCCAAUCUUCCAGCAAGUCUCCAGAGCUGCUUGCCCGGUAUUGUGACUCUCUGUUAAAGAAAAGCUCCAAGAAUCCAGAGGAAGCAGAGCUGGAAGAUACACUUAACCAAGUGAUGGUGGUCUUCAAAUACAUAGAAGACAAGGAUGUGUUUCAGAAAUUCUAUGCAAAGAUGCUUGCAAAACGGUUGGUGCACCAAAACAGUGCAAGUGAUGAUGCAGAAGCAAGCAUGAUAUCCAAACUUAAGCAAGCCUGUGGUUUUGAGUAUACAUCGAAGCUACAGAGAAUGUUUCAAGACAUAGGUGUCAGUAAGGACCUGAAUGAACAAUUCAAAAAGCACUUGACCAACUCAGAGCCUCUAGACUUGGACUUCAGUAUACAGGUUCUCAGCUCUGGAUCUUGGCCUUUUCAGCAGUUCUGCACAUUUGCUUUACCCUCUGAGUUGGAACGCAGCUACCAGAGAUUUACAGCCUUUUAUGCCAGCCGACACAGUGGAAGGAAACUAACCUGGUUAUAUCAGUUAUCCAAAGGAGAGUUGGUCACCAAUUGUUUUAAAAACAGAUACACCUUACAGGCAUCUACAUUCCAGAUGGCGAUCUUGUUGCAGUAUAACACAGAAGAUGCCUACACUGUACAGCAACUGACAGACAGCACACAGAUAAAAAUGGAUAUCCUUGUGCAAGUUCUUCAAAUCCUGUUGAAGUCAAAGUUAUUGGUUUUAGAAGAUGAAAACGCAAAUGUUGACGAUGUGGAAUUAAAGCCUGAUAUCUUAAUAAAACUGUUCCUUGGCUAUAAAAAUAAGAAAUUAAGAGUGAACAUCAAUGUGCCAAUGAAAACAGAGCAGAAGCAGGAACAAGAAACAACACAUAAGAAUAUAGAGGAAGACAGAAAACUUUUGAUCCAGAAAUGCAUCGACAUUCUUAUAGAAAAAGAAUACCUGGAACGUGUAGACGGAGAAAAGGACACCUACAGUUACUUGGCUUAAAUAACAAUUUUUAUACAUAUAUUUAGCAAUUGCCCGAGUGGUAAACUUCAUAUGUGUGGCACUCUGCAGAUACUAAAAGAAUGUGAUGAAAGGAAUGGAAAAACCAACUGAACUUUAUAGGAUACAACUUUGCUGCCAUGAUGUGGUCAUUUUCAUUUUAUGAGCAUGAGGAACAGGACUCCCAAAAGCCAGCCUCAGAUUUACAUCUAAACAGCUCAGGACUGAUAACAUUUCAAGCAUGUAAAUAUGAAAAUACGGACAACACCCUUUAACUUAAGAGCGGAGCCUGUACCUAAACAGAAGUUUGCAUGCUACCACAUCCUUUCCUUAAAUCAGCACAUUCUGGCUGUACGAGCUAGAGUUGACAAUGAAUAUGGCCCCUAGAUAUUUUGGCAGCACACUUAUUAAAAAAAAAAAAAAAACUGUUUGAAUGGACAUGUUGUAAUCUGCUUUGAAAACCCAUUUGUAUAGUGUGUUUCAUUUUUUUAAUGUGUUAAAAAUAAAACAAAAAAAAUAUCAAAUGGAUUUCUGUACAAGUUGCAUUGGGUUUUUUUGUUUAAAAUUUUCUUCCUAAAUCUAUGUAAAUAAAAAGAUACAUUUAUGAAACUUGA